CGUGGACGCACCGACCGAGUGGGCAAGGCUGGUUGACCGGCUUCCCGAUUACGAAAAGAACAAGAUUUACAAGCUGAAGGAGGUUAUCCCCACGCUGUCUGAGGAGAAAUACAACAGCCUGAUUGCGCUGGCGGACUCGAUUCGAUUCUCGUCCGAGACUGACGGCACCAAGAAGGCCCGCAUCAAGCAACUGCUCACCGAAGUGAGCGCCCUGAACGUCGACGUCGGCGGCGUCGGCGUCGGUCUCGCCAACUACUGGGCGAGAAUCGAGCGGGGGGGAACUGAGGCGUCGCUCGCCGAGAUCUCCCCCGACGAGUUCGCCGAGUUUGUCCGCGAGACCUUCCCACCCAUCCGCGACUACCCGCUGUGGUCGGUCAUCGACGUCGAACACCUGGAGACGGCGACGAACCGCAUGGUGCAGAGGCACCAGGCUCUCAACGGCCAGCCGCGUCCCAAUUUGGGCCGGAGGCUGCGACCGCGGUGGAAGCGGCGACCCGACCACAAGCUCUCCGAGGAGCACAAGAAACCCCUCGGGGGUGUCAUCCCCGGGCAGACGGACUACGCCAAGCUGCCCCUCUCCGAGUUUGCGAACGUGGCGAAGAACAAGGGCAAGCUCGGCGAGGCGUUUGGCACCAGGCACGGGCGCGAUCCAAUCACCGGCGAGAGCUACAACUUUUACGAGGGCAACUUCGUGGCGGCGGCGUUCGACCCGGCUGAUUGGAACCUUCCCCUGAACUUCGACGCCCGUCAGAAGUGGCCGCAAUGCCGCGCGAUCAUCGGGACGGUCCGCGACCAGGGAAAGUGCGGCUCGUGCUGGGCGGUGGCCACCGCGGAGGUUAUGAACGAUCGCCUCUGCAUCGCCAGCGGCGGCGCGGAGCAGCGCGAGCUCUCCCCGCAGUACCCCCUGUCGUGCUACGACGGCGGCAGCGGGUGCCAGGGCGGCGACGUCGCGGUGGCGAUGCACGAAGCCACCACCAAGGGUAUGGUGUUUGGCGGGAUGCUCAACCGCAGCAAGACGGCGUGUCUGCCGUACGAGUUUGAGCCCUGCGAGCACCCGUGCCAGGUUCAGGGCGUGAUCCCCCACGAGUGCCCGGCGCACGUGGACGACGGCACGUGCCUCGGGAACACGUUCAAGCUUGCGGAUCAGAAGGUGUUCCCCAAGUCCGACGUCUACACGUGCCCGCCCAACGACUGGGCGUGCAUCGCGCAGGAGAUUAUGACCUACGGACCCGUGGCUGUCACGUUUGGGACGGUGCACUCGGACUUUUACGGGUAUCACGCGGGCGUGUACACCGUGCGCGAGGAGGACAAGAACGAGGAGGGCUUGGGGAUGCACGCGACGAAACUCAUCGGUUGGGGGUUCGACGAGGCCACCGGUCACCCGUACUGGCUGAUGAUGAACAGCUGGGACAACUGGGGGAUCCACGGCCUCGGGCGGGUCGGAGUCGGAGAGAUGAACAUGGAGCAGGGCAUUGCGAUGGUUCGCAUGUAAGACUUUUAGACGACACAGACGGCGAUGUAUAUACUAACGUUAUCAUUCAAAUCA